AAAUCCGGAUUAACUCCACUCACUGGAGCGAUGCCCAGAUGUACGUGAGGCAAAUCAACCCUUCACCCUCGUCCUUAAGGAUCAGGGCAGAAAAAUACCUGUCUGAGCCAGCAAACGAGCUGGCUGUCCCUGGGGUGCAGCCCCCAGGUCGGGCUGCCUGACCCCUCAGCGCCGGCUCGGGCAGCGAGAAACCUCCUUUAUCCUUUUCCUUUAAACUCUGCUCGCUGGCACUGGGUCUUUCCCUUGCUGGGGGAGUGGGAAGGGCUGUGCCCUGGGAAAUGCAGCGAGCAUAAGAGAAAGCAGAGAGUUUCUGCCGUGCCACAUGAAGCAGCAGGAGAAGCAGUCACGUCGGGAGCAGCGGCACGGCUCCAGGUAGCCAGCCCUCGAGCCGCCGAUCGCACCAGCGGUCGAGCGCGGCUCUGCGGGCGCGGAGGGGAAGCGCGGUCCGGCCGCAGCCCGAGCGCGGCGCCGCUCGCCGCCGGCACCCGCUCGGUGCCUCCGCGCUGCCGCACCCCGGCACUGGCCGGGGCUCCGCCGCUCCCGCCGCACCCCCGGCCGCGGCCGGGCCGCCGCAGGGCCGCCGGGCGCCCACCCGGCCACAGGCCGCGGCGGGGCCGCCGAGCCGCUGCCGGCCGCCGUGAUGCCAGCCGCCGCCGCUCCACUUCUGCCGCCCGUGCUCCAACUUGGCGGGUGAGCCCUUCCUCGACACGCAGGAUCUCUUCCCCCCUACCACCAACAGCAUGGAGAGUGUGCGUGAGCUGCAAAACCCACUCUUGGCCAAGGCCAACGAACACCUUCGCAGCAGCUAUUCUUACCACCAGCAUCACAGCCAGGACUACUCCAGUCAUCACUGCCAAGGGAAACUGUAUUCCUACAUCUUCCAAAACGCUGGCAGUGCCAGGACUCACCAGCUGCUGGAUGCCAGUUCCCUGCAGCUGGCUGUUGAAGCCUUGUACGGCCCCAGUUUCAUCCUUGUGAAGGAUGAGACCACUCUCAAGGCCAAGGACAGCAAAACAGAAAGCUGUGAAACCACUUUUACAGAAAGCAAAGAGGCUCCAUCCGAAGCUCCUGAAAGGCACGAGGCGCAAGGGUCCUGCCUGGUAGAGAGUGACAUCCGCAUCCAAACUGUGUCCUAUGAGGUGGAGGAAGAUGAGCUCCAGGAGUACGAGAGCGACUCCUCCAGCGACAGCGAAAGCGAGGAUCAUUUCCUGAUGCUUCCCCCCAGGGACCACCUGGGUUUGGCCCUUUUCUCCAUGCUGUGUUGCUUCUGGCCCCUGGGGAUUGCUGCUUUCUACUUCUCCCAAGGGACCAGCAAGGCUGUCUCCAAAGGAGAUUUCCAUCUGGCCAGUUCAGCUUCCCGUCGAGCUCUCUUCCUUGCCGCGCUCUCCAUAACCAUCGGCACAGGAGUGUACAUCGGGGUGGUGGUAGCACUGAUUGCUUACCUCUCAAAAGGGGGCCAUGUAUAGCUGCCACCUGCAUGUCACUGCCGUCCCUGGCUGGGGCCUGUACCUGGGAUUGAGCUUUCCUGUGGAGCACAGAGCACCAGUGCCUGCAAAGGCUGCUUGCACAGCCAGACCCUGGCAUGGAUGCGCUAUGCAGGUUUUUUCUCCUUUCAGAGAAACAGUAAAUCCCUGUUCUCUCCAAGGCUGUAGUGUGCCACCAUCCAACAACGGGGAAUUGAGAACCAGUCUGGCUGCUGGGACCAGGAGGAGCACAUUUGCCUGAUGGAAGAUGUGCAUGCUGCUGCUGGGCUGGUGCCACCACCCCUCAUCUGGGGCCACAGCUUCCCUUCUCAGCCCUGUAGAUGGGAGAGCCAUUGCUGGUGCCCAAGCUUGGCCCACGAAGAGGGCACACAGGGAGGAGAGGGGAUAUGGGGCCAGAGAAUGACCACUGUUUCUUCCAGGAGGCCCGAGUCCUAGUGGGGUCUCCAGACUCCUGUGAUGGGGACAGCAUUCUCACUUCAGCACCAUGGGGUGGCACCUGGCUCCUCAGAUGCAGUGAAGUAGGACAGAGCAUGAACAAGACCAAAGGGCACGCUAUACACAUCCCUCUGCUCUACACAUCAGAUCCCUGAUCCACAGGAGAAAUCCCAGUUGCUGGCCCAUCCCAGAAGCAAGGAGGAAGGCAGGCUGGUGGUUGCACAACAUCUCUUCUGUUCCUGGUGCAGGCUGGUAAAGACAGCAAUGUUUUCUCCAUGUUAAUAAUGACUGUCAUGAUGAUCCCAAGUCUGAGCCCCCAUACAGUUGCCAUCUCAGAGUGCUGGGCCCUAAAAAGACUUCUAAUUGAAAUCUCUACUCAAGAAGUGACCUGGGAGGGGUGAGGGCCUGAAGGAUUCUACUCUUGGCACUAGGUCAGGGCCCUGCACACAAAGAAGGAUGGAAAGAAAAGGCUGACAUCACAUGCAGAGUCUGAGGUGGGAGUGCUGUUUGCAAGGGGAUGAGAUCCAGAGAAGGAAGAGACAUGGAGGGAGCCCAAGACACGGGGGGUGACCCCAACACACUCCUUCCCAUGCCUUGGAGAGGGAUAUCUCCAUCCUUCCUAAAGCCUCUGCUGACAAGGAAAUCCCCAGCAUCCCCACAUACAUCUUCCUUUUGCUUACUUGUAUAUUGUCAGAGACAUGUUAAGUACUUCGGAGGUGGGUAUGAAGGCAAUGGCUGCCCCAAAAAGGCAUUAAGAGGCUAUGCCUCACCCCCUACUCCCCAGCAUCCACCUUGACCAUCCCUCCUCUCCCUGGCCAUGGCUCCCCUGUUGCCUCUUUCCCUCAUGUGCAGGGGACUGCAGGCAAACUCUGGGCACCCCUCACCCCCUUCCCAAGGUUUCUGGGCAGGCUGCAGCCAGCUUUGCAAGAGGCACAACAUGUUCCUCCAGCUGGGUGCCAUUCAAAUGUACAUUUCAUACUAAAGAAGCAUGUUAAUGUCUGCAAUUGCUGUUGUACUUGAGCCAUAAAAGAGAGAAGCGCAUCAGAGACCUGUACAGAAGCUGAUCUGAAACUUCCCAUUACGUUUUAUAACAUGGAAGAGCUAAUAAAAAAAGCAGGAGAAAA